AUGGCGCCUGCGGCCAUCUCUGCGGCUGCUCUCGCCGCCUUCGUCUCGCUUCUCGCCGCACGACCCGCUGCUGCCGGUACUACGACUUCUGUGGCGACGACCAGCACCGCUACAACAACCACUAGCCAAAGCGCUCACCCAAGGACGAGCGCGGCGGCCAGCACUUCGCCCAAGGCUCCGGAGAUUCCCCUUAGCCUCCAGUAUCUCGAGAGGUACGACCAAAGCGUCUACGAGAACACCGAGGCUUUCUGCAACGACUGGGACUCGUCCUGUGUCGAGUACCUCUCGUCCUUCUCCGACAUCCACCAGGUGAUCUGCGAUGCUGGUGCUGCCGGGCCCGACGUUCACGUCUACUGCGGUGGCAACACCGUCGCGCAGGAGAACGAGUUCUUCGACUUCAGCAAUAACGUCCAGCGCUUCGUCUCGGCCUCACUGAUCGAAGGCCCGUCUGGUUACGGCGAGGCGGUCGGCGAUUCGACCACAACGACCAUUUCUUCGCGUCACUCGACGACCACGACGCGCUCGCACAGCGCAACGUCUUCGAAGCCACCGUCGUCUAGCGCACACACAACCUCGUCUCACACAAGCUCGCCGCAUACGACCUCGCCUCGCUCGUCGUCAAAACCUGCUACGAGCUCGUCUGCUUCGCACAGCAAGUCAACCACGACGAGCAGUCCCCACUCGCACUCGACAAGCUCGACUCGCGCUCACUCCACUCACUCAACCUCGAUCCGCUCUACCUCGUCUACGCACCACGCUUCCUCCUCGCACACGACUUCGCGCGUGUCUCAAUCGACCACACGUCCUCACUCUUCGGCCGCAUCCCACGCUCCGACGACGACCCACAAGUCGGCGAAGCCGACUUCGCACCUCUCUGAAGCCGCCAAAGUCGCCAUCGUCGCAGCCAACGAAGCGCGCAAGCACGCCCUGGCGCACCUCAAGGCCAACCGUGCCUUCGCCGAGCGUCGUCUUCGCGCUCUUGCUCGCCGCAAGAAGGCCGAGUUGCACGCGCUGGUCCAGCGGAGGAAGGAGCAGGUCCAGCAUGCUCGCAAGCUCGAGCGCGAGAGGGAGGAGAAGGCUAGGAAGGUUGCGCAUGACAAGCUUGUCCAGGCAAAGGGGAAGCUCAGGGCGAAGAAGCUGUUCGAGGCGGUCAAGAAGGGGUUGUCGCACGAGGCGCAGGUCGAGGCGAGGCUUGAGGCCAAGUUGGGGAAGGAGACCGUCAAGUGGUUGGAUGAGUGGCUUGAGAAGGAGGUCGAGAAAGACGUCAAGGAGCUGCUCAAAGCGCACUCGUCUGCGAAGGAGCGCAUCCGGUCGGGUCAUUAG